AUGUCGUUCAGUGUCAGUGCUAGCUCGAGCAUGAUCCCGUCGGCCACUCCCUCGGCUAUUCCCAUGAACCAGGGCAGUGUUUCGUCCAACAUCUUGGUCAUUGCCCGGGACGCUACGGCUGCCAGUGUGGCCUCCUCCGGCCUCAAUGGCUAUGGAAUUCCGUUCACGACUCUGCUGGUCCCCCAGUCCGGUGUGCCUGCUCUGCCCGCGCUCAACUCCACCGGCGGCGGCAACUUUGGCGGUAUCGUCGUUGCCGCCGAAGUGAGUUACGACUAUGGGGGCACGACUGGCUACCAGAGUGCUCUGACCACCGACCAGUGGAACCAGCUGUACGCCUACCAGCUCGAGUACGGUGUGCGCAUGGUCCAGUGGGACGUCUACCCCGGCCCCAACUACGGCUCCAGUGCCGUCAAUGGCGGGUGCUGCAACACGGGCGUGGAGCAGUUGAUCUCUUUCUCCGAUAUCAGUGACUUUCCCACCUCGGGGAUCAGGACCGGCGCCGGUGUCAGCACCGAGGGUCUUUGGCACUACCCGGCCACCGUCAGCGACCCCGCCACCACCAAGGAGAUUGCUCAGUUCGCCGCGAACUCGGUGACUUCGGGUACCACGACGGCGGCUGUCAUCAACAACUUUGCUGGCCGGGAGCAGAUGGCCUUCUUCGUCUCGUUUGCCACCGACUGGAGCCCGACCUCCAACUUCAUGCAGCACGCAUGGAUCACUUGGCUCACCCGGGGUCUCUAUGCGGGACACCGCCGCGUCAACCUGAACACCCAGAUCGACGACAUGAUGCUCGAGAGUGACAUCUACCAUCCGGCUGGCACCACGUUCCGCAUCACGGUCCCGGACAUGGAGGGCAUCUCGGCCUGGGUCCCCACCAUCAACGCCAAGAUGAACCCGGGUAGCUCCUACUUCGUCGAGGUCGGCCACAACGGCAACGGAAACAUCGAGGCUUCCUCCUCCACGGAUGCCGGAUACACCGCCUGCAAUGGCGGCGGGAUCGAGUACAACUCGCCUCCGGAUACCCCGCUGGAGUUCAAGAAGCCUCUGGGCACGGGAACCAACCUCUGGCCCAAGACGCCGACCACGUAUAACUGGACGGCCGCCUGCACCAAGCUGGACCCCCUUCUGGUCUGGUGGGCCAACCCGGCCAACCGCGAUACGUACGGUCACAUCUCGCACACCUUCACCCACGAGGAGCAGAACAACUCGACCUACUCCGACAUCUUCAAGGAGAUCUCAUUCAACCAGGCGUGGCUGAAGCAGGUCGGCAUCGACCAGGCCAAGUGGUUCACCGGCAACGGUAUCAUCCCCCCGGCCAUUACCGGUCUGCACAAUGGCGAUGCGCUCCAGGCGUGGUGGGACAAUGGCAUCCGCAACUGCGUGGGUGACAACACGCGGCCGGUGCUGCUGAACCCGCAGAACAGCAUGUGGCCCUAUUUCACCAAUGUGGCGUCGGACGGCUUCGCCGGCAUGCAGGUGAACCCUCGCUGGGCCACCCGCAUCUACUACAACUGCGACACCCCGGCCUGCACUCUGCAGGAGUGGAUCAAUACCUCGGCCGGCAGCGGAACCUUCCAGGAUCUGCUCAACGUGGAGAAGGCCGAUACCAUGCGCCAUCUGUUUGGCUUGCACCGGGAGGCUUACAUGUUCCACCAGGCCAACCUGCGCAACGCGGAUGUGGACCCCGUCACCAUCAAUGGCGUGUCGGCUAAAUACUCCAUCAUGCAGGCGUGGGUUGAGACCCAGGUGCAGGAGUUUGUGCGUCUGGUGAACUGGCCCCUGGUCACCCUCCCCCAGCAUCAGGUGUCCGACUCCUUCCUCGCUCGUUAUGAACGUGACCAGUGUGGCUACGCCCUCAGCUACGCAGUCGCCAACAAGAAGAUCACGGCGGUGACACUGACGGCCAAUGGCAACACCUGCAGCCGGCCUAUUCCUGUCACCUUCCCUGUGGCUCCCACCAGCACUCAGGGCUUCGCUACUGAGCAGCUGGGCAGCGACCCACUGACUGUGUGGGUGCAGCUGUCGGGAUCCCCUGUGACCUUUACCCUGUCUACUCCUCUCGCUUUGUAG